GUGGAGCUACUGCUUGGUUGAACAAGUGAUUUAACCUCAAAAUAUAUAUACCUAUAUAUAUUUAAUUUAUAUAAAUAUUUCAUUAACUCUAUACUAAAUUUUAUUUAAAUUGACAUGGAGUUCCGCGUAGUAAAAUGACUGGAAAUAUAUAAAAACUCAUCGAAAAUGUCUGUCGACAUGUGAAAAUUUAAUUGUCCAUUAAAGAAAUGACAUAUCACGUUGUUUGGGGAUUCUCUUGAUGGAGAUAAUAAAUUUUGAUUUUCAUACGUAGCUAAGCAGGUGGAUGACAUAUUUACUUCCACUGUAAAAGAUGGGUCAUGGAUCAAGUCGUUCAGCUUCCUCAGCUAAUAUACUGUCAUCUGAGGAGUUGACUCUUGUGGAAAAUCUUUUCAAGUCCAUGUCCCGUAGUUCAGGCUCAAUAAAACGAGAAGAUAUUUUUAAACACUGGUCUAUUCAUCUGGAUGACAUUUUGUUACAAUUUGUCGUGCGUUUUCUAUGUCACGAUCCCGGUAAAAAAGUAUCUGCAAUAAACGGCGAAAACUUUGGUAGACUUUACGUAUUUGCAAUUCGCGGUAGUCCAGAGGAGCGCACAAAAUUAAUAUUCGAAGGGUUUAUUGAGGAAGAACAAAAAUAUGAAAUACCAACAUCAACAUUUCUUCAGUACAUACAAGCGACUAUUAACUCGUACCUGAGAUUGCAAAAAAACUGUGGUAAUAAUCAUUAUUUAAGUUGGAGUACUAUUGGAUGUACUGUUAACACACGAAGGAUUGCCGUGCGCUCAAAGAGCCUUUGUGAGGAUUUAAUUAAACACGGUGAUAAUUUAACAGUAGAUACUAUUGAGUCAUGGUUUAGUGUCUGUUCGACCUUUAAAGAGAUCCAAUCCCACGUAUUCCAGUGUCUCUUUUUGGUAUCACAAAAAAAAGGUGAUAAAAACACAGGCGCACGUAUUAACGACCUAAAUUUAUUGCCAAUUUGUAAGGGAUUAGAAAAUAUACCACAUUUUCCAAGCAUUCUCGGCCUGGGCGACGUGUUAUUUCUAAAUCUCAGUUUGCCCCAUGAGUUAAGAAAAGAGUGGCGAUUUCUAUUCUCGAGUCAGGUCCACGGGGAAUCAUUUUCAACGAUGCUAGGACGCAUAUCAAUGCAAGGCGCAACGAUAAUUAUUAUACAGGACACUGAUGACCAUGUCUUUGGUGCAUUUUCGUCCGAUAAUUGGUCACUUGGUCCAAAUUUUGUGGGUAACCCAUCGUGUUUUUUAUUCAAACUUGAACCAGACAUACUGACAUUCUCCUCAAGUGGUUACAACAAUCAUUAUCAGUAUUUAAAUUUACACCAACAGACAAUGCCAAAUGGUUUGUUAGUUGGUGGUCAGCUCAAUUAUCCCGGCCUUUGGCUAGAUUGUGAUUACGGAACUGGAAGAUCAAGUAUAUCAUGCACGACAUUUCAAAAUUAUAUACAACUCAGUGGUAAAGAAAACUUUACAAUAAAACAUUUGGAGGUCUGGGGUGUUGGAGCAGUGCCAGAUGCUGAGGCGGUCGGUACACGUGACUCUAGAUCUAUCUUGGAUCAGGAUCCCGCUUCACAAGUUAUGCUUGAGUUAGCGGGUCGUAAAAUGCACAGCGAUGGUUUAAGAAAUAAAAAAGACUAGACCAUUUUCUCGUCCUCGUUGUCAUUUGCGAGUUUCUCAUGUGGCUCAAUGUCAGAUUAACACAUCGAACUACUGCUUCAUCAUUUAGGUUUUAAUAUUUAUCUACACAUACGAUAUCAAUAAAAAAACGAAUUUUAUUUUUUUUUUUCAACGCGACCCUUACGAGCACGGGAGCAGAAAUAUCAGAAAUGUAAUAAACUCGGUGUAAUUUUUUUUCCCUCAUUAAAGAAAGUAAAAAACGAUAAAUUGUAACGACUCGAGGGAAUACAUUAUUGAGAGAUGGAUAAAUAAAAAAAUAAAAGGGAAUUUUAUAAGUCAGAGAAGUAAAACCAUAAAUUAUUCUCUCAGAUAGUAUUUCAUUUAUUUACUUCCACUGAAUUUGAAGGGUUGAAAGAGCUCGGUCAUCUUGAGGGAAAACUACUCUCGCUAUUUCAACCAUCUGUUUACUUCUUUCUGUCUUUUACUAUCGAUAAAUCGUACAAAAAAAAUAAAUAUGAAAUUAUUAAAAAGUAAAAUAAAACGAAGACAUAAAUAAUAACCCACCGAAUCUAUACGUUCUUUUAAAUAUAUAAUAUAUGAAUCGUUGUCUGAUAAAUAUCUGUGUAAAUUUUAAAAACCACUGUGCAAUAAAUGUAUAAAUAUUAAAUAAACAAAGUAUCUAAAAUGUUAA